AUGGAUUUUAACGUGAAAAAACUGGCUUCUGAUGCGGGGGUCUUCUUCACCAGAGCUGUGCAGUUCACAGAGGAGAAGUUGGGCCAGGCUGAGAAGACUGAGCUGGAUCCUCAUCUUGAGAACCUGAUCACUCGGGCGGACUGCACAAAGAACUGGACUGAAAAAAUCUUGAGGCAAACAGAGGUGCUCCUGCAGCCAAACCCAAGUGCUCGAAUAGAGGAGUUCAUCUAUGACAAACUGGAGAAAAAGCUUCCUUCCAGGACAACCAAUGCAGAGUUGCUUGGCCAAUACAUGCUGGAUGCUGCCAAUGAAUUUGGCUCUGGGACACCUUACGGCAGUACCCUGAUUACGGUCGGAGAAUACCAGAAAAGACUGGGAACAGCCGAGCGAGAGUUCCUUCAAACCUCUGCCACGACGUUCCUAACGCCCUUACGCAACUUUCUGGAAGGAGACUGGAGGACUAUAUCAAAAGAGAAACGACUUCUGGAGAAUCGCCGGCUAGAUCUUGAUAUCUGCAAAGCACGCUUGAAAAAAGCCAAGCAGGCAGAAGCCAAAGCAGCAGCUGCACCUGAUUUUCAGGAGACAAGGCCACGAAAUUAUGUGCUUUCUGCCAGUGCGUCAGCGCUGCUGAGUGAGGAAGUGGACAAAGCAGAGCACGAGCUCCGUGUCGCGCAGACUGAGUUCGACCGUCAAGCUGAAGUCACCAGACUGCUGCUGGAGGGAAUCAGUAGCACACAUCUGAACCACCAGCGUUGUUUGCAGGAUUUUGCAGAAGCUCAGGCCACUUACUAUGCUCAGUGUCAUCACUACAUGCAUGAACUCCAGAGGGAACUCAACAGUUUCAGUAAUUCCUUUGUAUCCACUAAUGCAGUUAGCGCACCGCACCAGUCUGCAGUCUGUCCCAACCCUGUGUCCGCCGCUUUCCCACCUGGCACCACUGUCUCCGACUCCUCCAGCAAUAAACCCAAAACAAUGGCGAUAGAGCAAACACAGCUCCCAAUUACGGGCACCAGAAAAGCCAAAGUGCUGUACGACUACGACGCCCAUGAUUCCAGCGAGCUGUCUCUUUUGGCUGAUGAGCUCAUCACCGUCUACACCGUGCCCGGCAUGGACCCCGAUUGGCUGGUUGGAGAACGAGGCAACGAAAAGGGAAAAGUCCCCGUCACCUACCUGGAGCUGCUGAGCUAA